AUGACACAGAAAAUCUCUAAGAAAUUGAAAGAUCAAGGGAAAUUUGCUAGCCCUAUUCAAAUUUGGAAUAAAGCAGUUCAUGCACUGAGUGACUUGGGGGCAAGCAUUAGCUUAAUGCCCCUAUCAUUGUUUAAAACAUCGGGCUUGGGAAAGCCAAGAUUGACCACAGUUGUUUUGCAGCUCGCAGAUGGAUCCAUAAAAUAUCCAGAAAGAGUAAUAGAGGACAUUCUUAUAAAGGUUGGUAAAUUUAUUAUACCGGCUGACAUUUUUGUUUUUGAUUUUAAGGCAGACGAACAGGUUCUAAUCAUCUUGAGCUCUUAUCACAAUACGGAGAUUUUGCUAGAUUCUGCCGUAGGUGGUCAAGCAUUGGAGUCAACUUAUGAUAAGCUGUACAUAUUGUUGAACCGCAUAGUACAAAGAAAUCCAGAUUGGCUUUUAGAUUCUAAAAGUGACACAAAAAGAAUUGAGGGUGUAUUGAAGGUGGAUCAGUUCACAGCCUUAUCAGCACAUGUUUCUAUACUACAGAAUUUGAUCAACACUCUUUUCAGCAGCAUAAAGUUGGAAGCUGCACAACCUAUAGACACAGUCAAUGCCAUCCAACAAGCUACAGGUUGGUAUGAGUUAGACGAGCAGGUUCCAAUCAUCUUGAGGCAUCCAUUCUUAGCAACUAGAAGGGCUUUGAUUGAUGUUAGAUAA